ACUAUACUGAUCUUUACUAAACUACUGAUUUAUACUAAACUAUACCGAUCUAUAGUAAACUAUACUCAACAAUAACAAUCUAUAGUAAACUAUACUGAUCUGUACCUAACUAUACUGAUCUAUACUAAACUAUACUGAUCUAUACUAACCUAUACUGAUCUAUACUAACCUAUACUGAAAUAUACUGAUUUAUACUAAACUUUGCUGAUCUAUAGUAAACUAUACUCAACAAUAAUAAUCUAUAGUAAACUAUACUGAUCUAUACCCAACUAUACUGAUCUAUACUGAACUAAACUAUAAUCAACUAUACUGAUCUGUACUUAACUAUACUGAUCUAUACUAAACUAUACUGAUCUGUACUUAAUUAUACUGAACUAUACUCAUCUUUACUAAACUAUACUUUACUAAUGAUCUUUAUUGAUCUAUACUGACAUACUAAACUAUACUGAUAUAAACUAUACUGAACUAUACUCCAUUAUACUAAACUCCACAGAACUGGGCUGUUUAAUUUAAUUCCGACCGGAAGUGGGAAUACUGCACUUGAGAAUUUCGUUACGAAGCGGCUACAUUUGAAACUCGUACUCUGGCGCCAAAAUGACGUCCGCAGACUCGGGCGCUCUGCAGUGCGGGAGCAGCGCGCGUGGAGCGGAGCGCGCGGGGACCGGAGCCGGAGCCACGCUCUUUAGUACCUGGACUCCCGUUACCAACAAACCGUCCAACCAGCAGCUUUUUCAGGAGAGAACGACCCUGAUCCUACACUGGUUUGACCUCUGGACAGACGGACAGCGCAAACACCUUCUCCACCUGCUCCUCAGAAGAUGCUCAAAGUCACAACUCAAGUUCGUCAGCGACCGUUUCAUGGAGGCAGUCCCCAUCACUCAACUGGACUUUGUGACAGUGCUGCCCCGCUUCCUCUCUCUGUACAUCCUGUCCUUCCUGAACCCUGUGGACCUGUCCGCCGCGGCCCAAGUCAGCUGGCACUGGAGAUUCCUGGCAGAGCAGGACUGUCUGUGGUUGCCAAAGUGUGUCCGGCGAGGUUGGUUCCUCCCCUACAGCCCAUCAGACACAGAGUACGGGGCCUGGAAACGGCACUAUGUGGCCUGUGCCGCCAGCCUGGACACUCUGUACCCGCGGGAAGCUGGAGACAUUUAUGGCACUCUGAGUGAAAGCGUGAUGGAGUCUGAAGAGCAGAAAGAAAGAAGAACAGAACAUAUCAUCCGACAAACCAUCCGUGGCAGGAUAGCAGAGCAUAAACGAGCUGCUUUGAAGAGCAGGAGGGCGUGGUUAACCAACAGCUUAUCUGGUGAAGUGUCCUCCAACCAAGAGAAGUCCAGCCUGAUGACACUAACCACCGCUCUGGUCCAGCUAGGGGAUAAGUGCCGCCUGGAGAACGUAUACAGUAUGAAAGACAGCAGAGCUCAGCUGAAUUACACUCUAAAUUCAACAAUCGAUCAGACGUGGACGACCAGCUCUAUGAAAACACUGCCAGUGAGGUCUUCGAAACAAUCUGGUAAACAUUUUCCAGUUCAUUUACUGCUGGUGUCGUCCAGCAUCCCUGCAUAUGAGCUGGUGCUGGGUGGUGCUCUGGCCCAUACUUUGCCACUGCUGUAUGAUUACAGUGGGAUGACGUUGGAGGCUCUUCUCUCUCUGAUAGAGAAAGCAAUAGAGGGCAGAGCAGUGCAGAGUGUUGGCAUUCUGACUGAAGGAAGCACUGAGGACUUUAGUCUUAUAGAAGGCCUGAGCAUCACUGAGAGGACGGUUGUGAAGCCGGGUAUAAGGGAGUUUUGGGAAAGGCUGUGUGGCUGGGUGGUUCCUGCCUCAGAAGCUGGAUCUCUGAACAUCUUUGCUCCUCUGGGAGCUUCUGCUGCAGGGGUGGAGCUUAUGACCAAGCUUUCCACUCUGACUGGACUGAUGGUCAGAGCACCCACAGGAAUCUGCACUGGCUCCUACCAACACAUUCUGAGUGAUUGGUCAGAUCACGGCGAGUUUCCACCGCUGCUGUACCUGCGGGUCGAGUCGAUGCUGAGCUGGUGCCGACAAGCAGAACAGAUAGAACAGACCCUGCAGACCCUGAGGAACCAGCUGGAGCCACAACUGCAGCUUCUGAGUCAGGAAACCAGGGGGCGCUGUUUGGGUUUGUUCCUGUGGGAUUAUAUAAACCUGCCUGCUGUUUCUGUCAAAUCUGAAUUUACCCAGAUUCUGAUAGAGGGUCUUGUGACUCUUACAAAAGAAACACCGGAUAAUCCACUGCAGUUCCUUGGAACGUUCCUGCUGAAGAACUGUGUGGAGAGCAGCGUGGAAAAACCUGAACCCAUCACUCUAACAGAAAACCCCUCCCACAGCUUCCUCAGCUCCUCCCCCAGAAUCCCAGAGGGUGGUGGGUUUGGUGCUGCAGGUCAGCGGGAGGUGGUGUGUUUGGAGAUUCUGAGGAGUGAGAAGGAUUAUGUGCGGUUACUGCAGGCUGUAAACUCUGUGUACUACAGUCCACUCAGAGCUGCUCUGGACUCCAACAGGGCCAUCAUCUCCUCCACCAGCCUCCUCACGCUCUUCCGCCCCCUGCUGGACAUCCUGGCAGCCAACAGGGUUUUUCUGCAGGAUCUUUCGGAGAAGCUGGAGGAAUGGAGUCCUCUGCAGUGCUUGGGGGAAGUUUUCGUCCGUUUCUGCACCAAAUUACGCACUUACACCAAUUUCUUCAACAACUACCCGACUGCUAUCAGGACCAUAGACACGUGCAGAGAGACAAUUCCUGCAUUCCGAGCUUUUUUAAAGAGGCAGGACCGGACGCUGGCCACUGGAAUGUUGAGUCUUCAGGAGCUGUUUCUGAGUCCGUCCACGCGAGUGGAGGAGUACGUGACUUUACUUCAGGCUCUACUGCUGCAAACCACACCUGAACACCCUGACCACGCCCACUUAACCUCUGCCCUCAACACACUGCUCAACUACAGGAGCUUCGUACGCAAGUUGAAAAAGAGUUCCAGUCAAGACCUGAGAAUGCUUGAAGCUCAGCAGAGGAUCCAGAGCUGCCCAAACCUUCAGGAGGAAGGCCGGUACCUGAUCACCACGCAGGACGUGGUGUUACUGAACUGCCUUAAUGAGGACAUUACUCCAUCCCUCAGAUGUGCAGAACACUUUUCUUCUGGAGAGUCCAAAGCGCCGGUGGAUCUGUUCCACAGAGCGAGAGCAGGACAAGAUCAGAUGGUUGGGGGCUUUACGCAGUGCUAUAAAUGCAGCCAAUCACAAUUAACACUAAUGGCAUGAUGUUGCCUUCACGCAGCAAACCAUCCUUGGGUUAUUACACUAUUUUAUACAGUACCUUAUUUUUUGUUUUAUGUUUUUAUUUUUAUUUUAUUUUUAGUAUAAUGUUACAGCGCAUAUCUACGUUCAAUGCAGUGAGGUGUUUUGUAUAAGUGGGUCAAAAAUAAAAACAAGUAUAUGUGCAAGAA